AUUAAAACAAUUAUGACUAAACAGAUUUUAUAUCAAGAAAAUGCACGCAAAGCUUUAGAAAAAGGAAUCGAUAUACUUACUGAAGCUGUUUCUGUUACUUUAGGACCUAAAGGACGUAAUGUUGUAAUUGAAAAAAAAUAUGGUUCUCCCCAAAUAAUAAAUGAUGGUGUAACUAUUGCCAAAGAGAUUGAACUUGAGGAUCAUAUAGAGAAUACAGGUGUAGCCUUAAUUAGACAAGCAGCUUCUAAAACAAAUGACGUUGCUGGUGAUGGUACGACUACAUCUACUGUAUUAGCACAUGCCAUUGUAAAACAGGGAAUGAGAAAUGUUUCUGCAGGAGCUAAUCCUAUAGCUUUAAAGAGAGGAAUAGAUAAAGCCACUCAGUUUAUUGUUAAUAAAAUUUCUGAAUAUUCGCGUCCUGUUGAAGACAAUAAAGCUAUUACUCAAGUAGCAACAAUUUCUUCAGGUAAUGAUGAAAAUAUAGGAAAAAUGAUUGCAGAUGCAAUUGAAAAAGUAGGGCGUGAAGGUGUAAUUUCUAUAGAAGAGGGGAAAUCAACUAUAACGGAAUUAGAAAUUAAAGAAGGUAUGAAAUUUGAAAGAGGAUAUAUUUCCCCAUAUUUUGUAACAGAUAGUGAGAGAAUGGAAGUAGUUCAAGAAAGUGCAUAUGUUUUAAUAACAGAUAAAAAAAUAACACUUGUUCAACAAGAUCUUUUACCAAUCUUGGAGCAAAUUGCUAAAACAAAUAAACCACUUCUAAUAAUAGCUGAAGAUGUAGAAAAAGAAGCACUUGCCACAUUAAUUGUUAAUAAAUUAAGAGGAAUAUUAAACGUUGUAGCUGUCAAAGCUCCAGGCUUUGGAGAUAGGAGAAAAUCAAUUUUAGAAGAUCUCGCUAUAUUAACAGGAGGGCAAUUAAUUACAGAAGAUGCAGGUUUAAGUCUAGAUAAAGUUGAUUUAUCAAUGCUUGGUCAGGCUAAUAAAGUUAUUGUAAAUAAAGAAUCUACAACUAUUAUAUCUAAUGCUAAUGAAAAUAGUGUUAAAUCUAGAUGUGAACAAAUUCGUAAACAAAUUGAAAUUACUGAUUCAUCAUAUGAGAAAGAGAAAUUACAAGAGAGACUUGCCAAAUUAGGAGGAGGGAUCGCUGUUAUUAAGGUAGGUGCUGCUACAGAAACUGAAAUGAAAGAUAAAAAAUUACGUUUGGAAGAUGCUAUAAAUGCAACUAAGGCUGCAAUUGAGGAGGGUAUAGUACCAGGUGGUGGAUCUACAUUAGUACAUUUAGCUAAUGAUUUAUUUAAGUGGGCAAAGGGUAUUUUAAAAGAAGAUGAAUUAAUAGGUGCAUUAAUUGUAGAAAAAGCUAUAACAGCACCUUUAAAACGUAUUGUACAAAAUGAAGGGAAAAAUGGAGCUAUUAUUGUUGAUGAAAUAAAAAAUCAAGAUUUUUCUAUAGGAUAUGAUGCUUCUACUAGUCAAUUUGUAAAUAUGUAUGAGUCAGGUAUUAUUGAUCCAGCUAAGGUAACGAGAUCUGCGUUACAAAAUGCAUCUUCUAUUGCCGGAAUGAUUCUAACAACUGAGUGUCUAGUAGUAGAUGAGAUGAAUAAAAAUAUGGAAGUUCAUAAAUAAUAACCAUCUAUUACAAGGUAUAAAUAUUACCUUGUAAUAGAUGGUUAUUAUUUACGAACUUCCAUAUUUUUAUUAACCCGUCUGCAAAACAAUUUAUAUAUAAACAUAAUAGACUAUUAAUAGCAAUUUGAUUUAUAUAUUCAUCAUUAAAAAAUUUAUCUUUUCCUAUUAAUGUAAUAGGAUAAAACAAUCUAAAAUAAAAUCUAUAUUUAUUAAAAUAUGCAUUUAUUAAUUCUUCUUGUUUAUCAGUUAUUUUUUGAUUAAGAUGUUUUUUGUCAUUAAUAUAUAGUAAUUUAAAAAUAAUAUAUUUAAUAUGGUUUUUGUUAAUGUAAAGGUUAAUUAUUUCAUAAAUAUUAAAUAUCUCAUUGAAUUUAUUAAUUUUAUACUUAUUAGUUGAUUUAGUGAUUUUUAGUGAACUAUUCAUUUUAAAUUCAAUAAGAUCAUUUAUAUAUUCUUUGGGAUAGUCAUUUAUAUUAAUAAAGUUAAUAAUUUUAGA